AGUGUGUGACGAUGCAAGUGACUUUAAUCAACCCUGGUCUUCCUCCUCCUCCUACUACAUCUGAGCUUUUUUGGUUCAUAAAAUCAGACCAAAACUCUCACUCUCUCACUCUCUCUCUUUCAAUUUCUGCUGCCUUUAAGCUAAUGUAAAGACCCAGCAAGGAUUUGGGUGGAAGUAGAAUGGCAUAUAUGUGUACGGACAGUGGAAAUCUAAUGGCGAUUGCGCAGCAAGUCAUCAAGCAGAAGCAGCAGCAAGAACAACAGCAGCAACAGCAGCAGCAGCUUCUGGGUGUAAACUCUUUUUGCCUGAAUCCAUGGCAGACGCCUCAUCCGGCGUUGAGUGGUAGCCCUACUUUGGGAUAUGGGCUCGCUGGGGCGCCGUUUGCGGACCCGUUUCAGGUCCCCGGCGGCGGCGCGGAUGGUGCGGAGGCGGGGUUUCAGUUUCCCAGCUUGGAGCAGCACGCCGGAGGGGUGUUUCCGUUUACUGAUUUUGGUGGCGGGCCGGGCGGCGAGUUCGACUCGGAUGAGUGGAUGGAGAGUUUGAUAGGCAGCUCGGAGUUUGGUCUCUACGGUUCGGAUCCGUUUGCUGGCCCGAGUCGACUCAGUGUUCCCUCGUCGGCGCCUUCGGAUCUCAACCGCGUCAUUUUCUCUGAAGCUCAGAGGAAUAAUAAUACUUGCCCUCUACAACCUCAGACGGCGGAGUGGGCCCCUACUUCGUCUUCGCCGCCGCCACAGCCGUCCUGCAUCGGCACCAAGCAAACAAGCCCGACUCACCGGAACGACGUCGCAGCAGCAGCAGGCACCUCCUUCAGUUCGCCGGACAAUUUGUCGUCAAAACCGUUGCUUAAAGCGUUAGUGGACUGCGCUAGACUGGCGGAGUCGGAGCCGGACAAUGCUACGAAAUCGCUGGUUCGACUCAGGGAGUCGGUUUCCCAGGACGGAGAUCCGACGGAGCGAGUUGCGUACUAUUUCUCCGAAGCGCUCUACAGUCGCCUUUCCCGGCUACCGGCGAAGAUUCCGUUGGCCGUAGAAGCGAGCUUGGAAGAGUUCGCGCUGUCUUACAAAGCUUUCUACGACGCCUGCCCGUAUUCAAAGUUCGCUCACUUGACCGCUAAUCAAGCGAUUCUAGAAGCUACCGAGAAAGCUUCGAGGAUUCACAUCGUUGAUUUUGGUAUCGUGCAGGGCAUUCAAUGGGCGGCGCUUUUACAGGCACUGGCAACCCGACCCGCCGGAAAACCCAAAUACAUUCGGAUUUCCGGCAUUCCCGCUCCGGUGCUCGGCAAGUCUCCGACGGCCUCGCUUUUAGCAACCGGGAACCGUUUGCGCGACUUUGCGAAGGUUUUGGAUCUGAAUUUCGAGUUCGAUCCCGUUCUGACCCCUAUCCCGGAGUUAAACGAGUCCAGUUUACGGGUCGACCCGGAUGAUGCUCUCGCCGUCAAUUUCAUGCUUCAGCUAUACAAUUUAUUGGACGAGACGACGGCCACCGUGGAGGCGGCACUGACGCUCGCGAAAUCGCUGAAUCCCAGCGUUGUAACGUUGGGGGAAUACGAAUUGAGCCUGAAUCGGGUCGGGUUCCUGGAGAGGUUCACGAAUGCGCUGAAUUACUACUCGUUAGUCUUCGAGUCUCUGGAUCCGAAUAUGCCUCGAGACUCGCCGGAGAGGCUGCAGGUGGAGAGGCUGUUGCUUGGCCGGAGAAUCGCCGUGAUGGUGGGGCCGGCGGAACAGGAGACCAAAAGAGAGUGUACUGAAGAUAAAGAACAGUGGAAAAUUCUAAUGGAAAACGCAGGUUUUGAGCCGCUACCACUCAGCCAUUACGCAAUGAGCCAAGCAAAAAUUCUUCUCUGGAACUAUAGUUACAGUGCUUCAUAUGGGCUGAUUGAAUCUCCGCCUGGGUUUCUCUCCUUGGCCUGGAACGAUGAACCUCUCCUCUCUGUUUCUUCAUGGCAUUGAUUGAAUGAAUCAACAAUCACAGAAUUUACCCACAAAUCUUCCAAGAAUUUGCCAAGUAUUGUGUUUUGAAAACAUAAGUUCUGAAGCCAUCCAUGAAUGAAGCUUUGAAGAAGCCCCCCUUGGUCUUUUAAUUUGAUGUUCCCUGUAAUCAGUAUGACCAAACAGAUUAGUAUAGAUUGAUAUUAUAUAUUUUUGAUCUCUUUAGAGUUUAGACCAACCCAAGAUGUUAUUAACUUUGCAGCUUGACUUAUCAAGAUUGAUCAAGGUCCCAUGUUUAUAUCUCUGUUGUUACCUUCUCCCCAGGUUUUUGUUUUUGUUUUUGUGGUAUUUGGUAGGAAUAGUUUCUUACUGCCCUCUUUUUUCUUCAGGGCAGGGUUGGGAAUUCUUGAAAGUUGAAAGGCAGGGAACCAAGUGUAACUGUGCAUAUAUGGUUUUAGUUUUUACUAUGGAUAUUGAUUUGCAUUAAA